CUUGUAAACUGUUGACAAUGUUGACCAUUUUACGAAGUCACACUUUCAAUCUAGAAAAUAUUUUGCAAAAUAUAUCUUUAUUCGUCGGCUUUUGAUACGUUGGAGUCUUUUGAAUUUUGGGAAAAUUUGAUGACUCUGGUUUCACUUCUCUAGGGUUCAAAACAAGUACUGAUAACCACCUACAACAUUUCCAUACGAAUGUUCAUGUUCAUGCAAAUGAAACUCACUCUCAUAAGAACGGUUUUGCAGCAGGAAACGGUUAGAAACGAACAGAAAAUGGUUUAUUAUUCGUUUGGAUUUAGCCAGAGGCUUUUGGGCAGGUGGAGGACACGUAAGCAACGACAAUAAAGUGCUUAUAGCAAUGCUUCACCUUUUGUUCUAGAGGUUCGAAAUGACAGCAUCCAGUUUCAAGGCCUUUACUGCUCUUGUGUUCCUUACUGGGGCCUGGAUCUCUGCGAGUGCCAGCGAAGUAGUUUUUCAAGGAAGCGAUGAUGAGGCAUUCAAAACAUUCCUUAACAAUGCGUACAGUAACAUACAAGUAAACGUCCAGAAGAAGGUCAGCGUGAAGUUAAAGCUGUAUGACGAGCUGGCUAAGAUCUUGGCGAAAGUGGCCUUUAACGAUCCUUGCUACACUUUUAGAGUCGAGUUCAAGGGUUCCAGCUACGAAGGCCUGAAGAUCGGCAAACCAGACGAGUUCGAUUACGGAUUGGUGAACGACAACUGGAAGGGUAAAAUCUCCGUCUUGGUCGAUGCAACCACACCCGUCGGGUUUGGUUACGCGGUUCAAAACAUCGCAACCUGUCUGGACAAAUUCAAGGUACCAGGCACCAAACGCGUCGACGCUAGCAAGGUCAGAGGUCAUCUGCGCAAUCUGGUGGAGGAGGCGAUGCUCCAGUUGGGGAUGAAGGGCAGGUUCGUGAAGAGACCUUGGGAAGGAGGGCCCGCAGUCACGUUCGAAUUCGUUUCCGGCGAUCCAGAGUUCCUCUACAUAAGCAUUGACUUGGCGAUCGGGAUCGAUCUGCCGCACUGGCCUCCGGGAGCACGACCACGCCCUGCAGGUGUCGAGAGCGCCAAAGCACAGCUUGUACCGAAAGUCAAGGACGAGAACUCCGCAUUUUGGCAAAUUUCCUUUGCUCAAGUCGAGAAGGCCAUCAUGGAGAAUAUCGACAGCGACGGCGGUUGUCGGAAAAAGGUCCUCCAACUGGCCAAGUACUUCAAGGGGAAAUCUGUGGGAAGAUGGCAUCCACUGGCCUCGUACCACCUAAAGACCAUCCUGCUCCAUAUGAAUGAUGAAAAGAGGCAUUCUAAAGACUGGGCACAAGGAAUGCUCGUACCACGCUUCAAAGAGUUGAUAGACAGGCUUUUGAAGCGCCUACGAACUGGGAUUCUCUACAGCUUCUUCAUGCCAACACAAAACCUGUUCGAAGGGAAGCAGGCAGAGUUGCCAGGGGCUAUAGUAAGUGUGAACGACUUCUUGAAGACCCUUCGGGGCAAUCCACAAGCUUUGCUACAAUAGAGAUUUCAACUGUUAUGUUUAGGAGACAAAAUAAAACCACAGAGAACAAUCUGAAGGCUUUUUGCUUGUGGUAGUACUUUUUCUAGAUUGUUACAUCUGAGCGAUUUCCCUCAUUUGCUUCAACAUCGGAGAUUGAAAUACGUAUUGU